UCCGAAACGUCCGUCGGUGAAACGUCCGUCGGCAAAACGUCCGCACACAGUGAGUCCUAACCCACAACGAUUUUGUCUGCUGCUUCAAACCCGCUGUGGAUGUUGGUCAUAAUCGCCGCUGAAUGUCCCCGCUUACAGGGCUACAUUAUGAUGGCGAUCUAUUCCUGCACAGGUAUGGCGGGCCUUGUGAGCCUGACGGUCUGUGUGUGUGUGAGAGAGAGAAGUUAUUGAUUGAUCUCUCUCUCUGUGCGGAAAGUAUUGCCAGCCUCCCUUGACCUCCGACCACCGGUCUGAAACAGCAGACCUACCCGACCAGCCAUACUUCUGUCGCAAAUGCCUGCGAAAAAGAGGAAGCCCCCUAGAAGCACCCAUGGAUCGUCCGCUGGAUGACCUACCCUCUUAAACCUGCACUAGGACUCGGGUGGAGGAAUGGAGGGACCGGAGGCUAGCAGGCCAGACCCGCGUGUUGCCAGGUUUUUCUGUGAGGCAGCCCGCGGCGGACUGGUGGAGCACGCUAGGACGCCUUCGGGAGACUGUUGCAUGUUUAAUUAACUGCACGUGCGGGGGAAAAAAAGACUAGCCUGUGGAGGAUACCGAGCUAGUGGGACGGCCAUUGGGGCGAUUUUGGACACGACGAGGUGUAGUAAAGUGGUUGGUGACCUGGACGCGAGAUUGCUGGAUGUCAGAUGCCUUGGGUACGGAUAUUUCAGGAUGCGGGCUGGAUGGAAUCGAUUGGUGCAGCAGGGCCUCACUGACAAGGCACGUUUGUCGCAGACAUUUCCUCGGGAACUCCUUUCAUCUCUCUUUUUCACUCUCGCUAACGAUCUCUUUAGUCAGCGAGUCGACUUUGCUUCAAACAGAGCAGACGGGCGGCUGGUGGACUCUUGGUCGUCUGUUAAUUCAUCAUUGUUCAUGGAACCACAAAUAACCUGUACGUGGAAUAACCAUGGCCGCCAGAAAUCGUCUGAAAGGACACUAAGCGUAGUGGCGCCCACGUGAACUCCGAGCGAAUCAGUCCAAGGGAAACUUGUUGCUUUUUCACUGGAUUUGCUCCUGAUAAAUCAAAAUUAAGUCAGGCCAAGAUUUCCUCCAUACGUGUACCAUUCCAAAUGUGUUCAUUGUCAGAUCAGUAACUCCAAAGAUAAUGCAUUCGACGACAGUCAACGAGGAGCAGCUGUCUCCAGCGUGUCAGCUCUUACAAGAAAAGUUUCGUAAGUCAGAGUUCAACACUUGGAUGAUCAACGUCAGUUCUGGGGAUGGAGCUUGUUCCCCACGUGGUCGGCUCGCGAGAUCAACCUCCAUUGGAAGCAUCCAUUUCCCGCCCGGAGGCGCGUUACAUAAAGUACACAGCGCGGGCGAGGUCGGCGCGCUCUGCGGAACGGUGCACGCGGUGGGACGGAGGCGUUCCUUUCAGAGGCACGAAAGCAAGGUCCUCCCUUCGUGUCUAGGGCCUCUCCGGCGAGGUUCCAUGUCAGGACGAACCCUGCAGAGUAAUACAACAGAGUCUGUGGGAUUUCUGAGGAAAUGUGGCUUGCAAGUAGAUCGCUCUGGUAUAAAAUUAAGCGCCAGGACGAAAAAGAGCGGCGAGGAAAAUCGACUCGACAAUUCUCAAACUAUUUCUUGCUGCGAAGACAACAAACACCCGAGUCAAUUGGAACCAAGUAAUGGUUCCUUGACCAGCCACCCUCCUAAAGAAGACGAUGGGUUCGACCCUCAGGUGCUAGGAGACAGUAAGGUCUAUUCUGUGCAGAUAAGCAGUCCUCAUCCGACAUCCGUAGCAGAAAAGAAAAACUGCAACAUUUCGGACAUUUCUGAGCAAGGGUCAGCUCAGCAGAGUCUUGAGCUUUUCUUAGUCGACAAUCAAGUAGACAAACUUGAUCAAAAAUCGGAGAAAGAAACGGGUUCAGUAGCUUUUGUCCUUGACUCAAAAGGAGGAAACACCGGUAGCUUUGAUCAAAAGACAAUAAGGAGAAGGCUAUGUUCAGAUGAAGAAAGAACUUUGAACAGUACACGCACCAACGCAAGCCCCUCGGCUUCUACAGACAAUGUGGGUUUGCAGUCUUUAAAACUUGACAUUCCCUCGCGAAGUGAUGAAUCUCGUGAAAACACGUGCUCCACGCAGGCUCAGCGAGACCACAGGGAGCCUGACAUGGUGAUCAAUCUAGCGCACCCCCAAAAAACUCAAUCCGCCUCCAACCCACCCGAAUAUAAAGAUGAGGGUAGAUGUGUAACUCUUGGUAUUGAACAAUUGGGCGACGCCCGCGGCUUAAAAUCAAGCGGGUGUGAAGAAAGCAAGGAAAAACAAACUCGUCUUAAAAACGGGUAUGUCAGAGACCUUUGCAUAACAUGUGAAAAUACAGAGAAACUGAGUGGCAAUACAGCUGGCCAGUUUCAAGAGGACAUCGACCAACAUGUGAAGACAAUUGAAGCUUCAGAUGUUUACCUGAAUAAGACACUUCCAGGGUCAUUGAAACUUACACAGACAAAACACACCUACCGGACAUCGGAGUCACGUGCAAUAGAAGGACACCAAGAUCAUGGCAAAGGGUCAGACCAAGAGAAGGCAAUCUCAUCAACAGUCAAACAUCUUCACCAGGAACUGUCCACAACUAUAGAGGACUCCUUCAAAGAGGAAACGAAAUCGGCUUCUUGUCAACAUGUUAUUCUCUCAACUGCGAAACAGGAGAAAUUUGCUGAUUUCAUGGGACUUAACUCUGUUCAGUUAUCGUAUACAUACCCUAUGUUCGUUCCAAGCUUGCUGGCAAGUUUGGUGGAGGAUGAACAUGGAUUUUUGUGCCAGAGCAGACACAAGACAAAGGUAGAGAGAGGUUCUGCAAGUCGACACAGCCACAACGACAGCAAUGCUGAAAACUUUGUCUGCGAGGAUGAUGCUGGUGGGACCGAGGAUAUUCCGCCUGCAGGCAGCAGGCAGAGGACGCCAUCGAGAGUCGAGUUCUUGCUGAACAAUGGGCUAUUUAAAAAACAUCUCUCUGGUCGUAUAGAGGCAGUGGAACAAAAACUAUCACGAGUUAGAAAGUUAGGCUUGAAAAAAUCCUUCUCGAGCGUCGACAUUUCUUUGAACGAUGCAGAGCGGCUAAACAUGAUUUACGAGGGUCCAGAGAAAGAUUGCAGCGAUGGUAACGAUGAGAGGAACUCAGGCCACAGCACCGUGGCAGUGUUGAUCUCGCCAUCUUUGAGUUCGGGUCGUAAUUUUGAAGAAGGAUUGGAAUCGAGACUAGAUCGUGAGUCCUCCGACAGCUCACAAAGCAGUUUUGCUUUUGUGGACGGACAUAACAUGCGCCAUGUCAUGGAAACACCCAGUCAGACGAAAGACCUGCAGGUCCAGGAGCCGCCCAGAAGCCGCCAUAGACUACGUAUCCCCAGUUUUGAAGAGUUUCGAAAGCAGCGAAGAAGCAAGAGUAGAAGUGACACCGAGUUCACAGGGAAAGUCGGGGAAGGUGAAGCUUGGGCCGGAGAUGUUCUAUCGUGGAGUUUUCCUUUCGAUUCUUUUCCUGAAAAAUACGUUCUAAACCCUGGGACAGAGAAAGGAACCAAAACACUUUUCCAGAUUCAUAAGACUGUUGUAAAGGAAGUCAAGAGGUCACCGGACUUGUCACAUGACGACGUAGAAGAAGUCAAAUUCUCGCUGGAUAUAUCUCCUGAUGAUCAAGAAGGUAAACGUUCGCGAAACACAUCACCGGAAUAUCUAGAUGAUAGUCCAGCAUCGCCUACAACAUCCCCAGAGAGUGGAAACAAUAGUAAAGACUCAUCAGAAACAUCACCUGACGAUGGAAAACAGUGCAAACCGACGAUAAACAAGCCAGAUACCCACCUUGGGAAUCUCACUGGAAAACGAUUGCAGGUGAGACUGGAAAUUUGCGGAUCGGAUAACAAGUGGGGACAACAAAGAGAUGUUUCCAAUUGUAAACUGGAGCUGUCUGAAUCAGUGAGACAGGGUCAGAUGGAGGAUGGUUUGAUAUCAGGACCUGACUUGAUGAAAGCAGGCGUUGGCCUUCUGGUGAGAGGAGGACAUCGACGGUCGAGUGACGACGGCUUAGCGGCUUCUUCUGUAACGGCAGACAUCUUUACAGACGGUAACCAGCCUGACGAACACGCGGAGCUCACUCGCACAGCCAAACAGUCUAGCGUGUUGAGAUCGUCGUCCGAUUCCACUCUUAAAACGUCAGCGGAGGUCAAAGGUCAGACGACCCGACGCUCGAGAACGAACCGUCCACAUAAGAGCGAUCCCGGCGUAGGUCCUCACAGGCCACCAGGUGUAAAACAGGAGACAGAGACAAAUGUAAAGGCCUGCACAGCCCCGACUUCAUCUUUCAGUGGUCAGUGGCCAUCGGUCCCAAUCAGCCGGGAUGAGGACCAAGAGAGACCAGUCGUGCCCACGAUAAAUCUCUGUGAGAACAACGACGAAGAACCAUCGGAUAAAAACCUUUCGAGCUUUCUCAUCUUAGACCUGGCAGAUGAGGUCAGUUCUGAGACAGACGAAUCGGACUCGAAAUACGACAGGCGAGCGAGGAAGCGACUCAGCAAUGUGAGUACCACCAGUGACGACAGCGGCGAUGCGGGACCCACGUGCAGCCCGCGUUCAUCCUCCUCCAGCCUCGGGUUGAGGUUCCUGACUGCCGACUGCGCCGAGAUCGUGAGCUGUGUUCAGUGCAACCCUGGACAAUAUCAAUUCAGCCAAGACACGGAUCUUCAAGGAAUGUGUGAAAAAUGCGUCCUCCGUCAGCAGGAGAGGAAAGAAACGAUUCAGGAGAUAAUUGACACGGAGAUGAACUACGGGCGGGACCUGCGCAUCUUGAAAGAGGAGUUUUACUUGCCGAUGCAGACGACAGGGCUACUGAAUGCAGAUCAGCUCGAGAUGGUGUUCAUCAACCUCGAAGAACUUAUUUCUAGCAACUCUCAGUUUACAGAGAAACUCCGAUCCGCAUUACUCAAAGCUGCAAGUGUGCAGGAUGAGGAUUUGAAUACAGUUGAUAUUGGCAGCCUUUUCAUUGAAUCGUCUAGCAUGUUUCUAGCCUUCGAGAACUACUGCAUCAACCAGGCUGCGGCGUCAGCAGCGCUGGAACAGAUGGAGAGAGACCGCGAGCUGCUACGAAUCUUCCUGCAAGUGUCGCAGACGGAAAACGGUUUGCUCAGGCGCAUGCAUCUCAAGUCCUUCCUCAUGGUUCCAGUGCAGCGCAUCAUGAAGUACCCGUUGUUGCUGAGUCGCCUGUACAAAGCCACCCCAGAUAACCACCCAGACAAAGAAGACAUACGGGAAGCUCGCGAGAAGCUCGAAGACAUCCUAAGCCACAUCAACGCGAAAGCAAAAGGGAGUGGCAGCGUUCGCAUCAAACGGAAACAGUCCCAUCUACGACGAUACAGUUUGACAGAGAAGCUGGAAGUUCACAGGGUAGCCCUAGAUGUUCUCGGUUGGAGCAAGAAGGAAGUGAAUGAUUUGAUUACAUCGAGGAUGUGGUAUGCGCAACCUCCGGACCACACGUGGGCGUCCAAGCGAUGCCGCAACAUCAAGUUUACACCUGUCUAUUGUGUUCUACUGACCAUGGGACAGUCUCACCACGAUCUCACCCACGACAUGGAGCGGCUCAUUGCCAGACCCUCCCUCCAGGUGCAGCAGGCCGCCAUGGUGCUGGUCAGAGAGAAGAAUGGAAAAUACCAGCCUGUGAGAGAUCCAUUUAUGCUGGACAAAUGCGUGGUGACUGUUGAUCCUGACUUUGAUGAGGUGUUCGAGCUGCAGGAGUGGGGAAGAGAAGCCUACAUAUUUAAGGCUGAGGACGCAAAAGAGACGAGCACCUGGGUACAACAUCUUCGGCACCAGACACACAACCUGGGUCAGUGGCGCCGCCGACGGAACGCGCUGCCCAACAUCAUGCUGAAGAACGUAUGAGGCGAGACCAGGGCAGGGCCGGACCAGGCCCCCUGCGAUCCCACAUUUCAUAUCCGCGGUGCCACGCACCCAUUUUUACUGCCAUACUGUCAGUGGCAGGUGUGAGGUGUGCUCACCUUCUCCAUGGUGACGGACGCACGUCACAGAGCCCGUUGAAUUCUGUGGUGAGACUUGAUUUGGACCAUCGAACUUUCCGCUCUUGGGAGAAAUUUGGCGGUGGACGCUUUGUGUACGGUCAGUCCCUUUGAGAAAGUAUUGAUGGAUGGAGUCCCUCUUCCCUCCAUCACUUCAUCACGGUUUUGUUUUGUUUUUUUUUAUAAUUGUUUUUGUUUUGGAUUUUAUUUUUUGAGAAAAUUAGUUUGUGCUGUACAGAGAGGAAUAAGAACUGGAAUGCGAACUGAUUCAACUGAUGGGCGUGCCUGGACGUUCUUCGUGAACUCGUGCUGAAGACUGACAUGAAUGGAGUGAUCUCGUAAAUGCAUUUGUCCUGAAAGGACAAUUUUACUUUUACUUUCACGCGGGGCUUUUCACGGUGAGGAAUUUGUAACAGCAUCAGCAUGAACGAGUAAUCGAUCAAGAGAGAGAGAAGGGGGGUAGAAUUGAAAAGAGUACGAGAGAGUUCGAGAAGGUUGGAGAAUAUGCAGAGAUGUGGCACCGGCGCACUGAAAGCACCCCGGCUUUGAGCCGAUCUCUUUAUCACGAUCUGACGCACCCGAGUCAAUUCUGCUGACGUCCCUGUCGCUUGGCGGAACAGCCUGUGCGGUCAGGCGAGAGAUUCUGAUAUCAUCUCCGGGCUUGUAGCCCCCCCCGCGCCCCACGCCCCACACAAUAGUAACACACUAGUAACCUCCUGCUUCACUUUAGUUGAUGAGAACACCGAGCUUCUCACUCGUCUAUCAUCUUUCUCAUUUGUCCUCAACUGUCCGAAACAGUCUAUGAGGAGCAGACCAUCUAGAUAGACAUUCAUUUUCUGACAACCUCGGUAGGACACACAUGUAGACGAUUAUCUUAAUGUUGUUGUGAUAAGGUAUGAUGUGUUGUUACCCUUACUGUAGCGUUCGCUAGCACAAGAGAGAAAAAACUUAUUUCUCGGACGAUACAACCUACACUUCACGACUGAGAAAAUAAAUUUCAGAAUCUUUGAGUAAAAAGGUUUCUAAUCCUUAAUUUAAAGGAGCACUACAGAGUUUUUCAGAAAUGCUGACACAGCCAAAAUGUUAAUUGACUAAAUAAAUAUAAGUUUGUCUUUCACACAACCCUUCCCAGUCAAUAAUCUUCUCUGAAGUGGAAAAGUCAAUAAAGACCCUGUACUAACCUGAGAGAGUUUAAUUUACUGAACUGAAACAUUCAAGUCAAAUCCGAGAGUUUCGUAUUGUCAGCAUAUAUAGGAAAAAGCAACUUCAUUUUUCUGCUUUAUGAGUGCAUGGAAUACAACUUUUUUAAAAAAAAAUCUUCUAAUAAAUGAUAUAAAGGCUCUGAGAGAGAAGAGGGAUGUUCCAUUGUCCAGCCUUCCGCUUACAAAAUAUAUAUUUUGAUAAGACUUUAAAAACGGUUGUUUCUGUGUGUGGAGUUCUUUAACAUUCCAUAUGAUGUUGACCUGUAAGUAGAAACUAUUUAGACCUUGACAUGGUUUACAUGAUUUAUAUUUACUGUAACAUUGGAUAUUAACAUAGACCGUUUGUGGUCACGUGCAGACAUUCCUGUGAAAAAUCAAAUGAAGCUUUGUCGGUCAGUGUCAACAUGUUUCGUUGUGUGGCGAUUCCUCUGUUUCUCUUUGUCCUUCUUAUUUUCUGCCUGAGACAUGAUAUGUUUGCUUGAGGAAGUCAGGGUAACUUUGGAUUAUACAAAAUCUUUUUCGAAGCCACUUUAUUUGUAUACAUACUGGUAGUAUCCUAUGUUUUAAAAUUGUGACCACAACUUAUGUGUAGUUCUUCAUUACUUUAAGAUAGAUAUUCUCCUUAGAAGACUUGAAAAAUCAAAUAAUAUUUGUAUUCAGUGACAUUACUCCUAAGUAAAUCACUGUCAGAGCUUACAGACCACUUUUGUUUGCCUGCUUUGUGGACACAGACAGUUCUCUGUGCUUGUAUAUAUACAAAAUAAGCUGUAGAUGGCUGUCCGGUGAUAUGAUAUUGUCAAAACCACAUGGUGUUUACAAAGAAUUUUUGUCUUGGCUGUGUGUACAAAAAGGCUUACCAUAAUAUUCACCUAAUACUGUAUAAAACGUAGACGCCUUAUGUACAUAAGAAACUGUUUACAACCGCGUGAAUCUGCCUACAUGUGUAUCACCUUGUACAUGGAUAUUGUGUCAGGGCUGGUCCUCGGUUGUGCACCAUUGUUGUUUCUUGGCACGCAGGAUGGCCCUGAGUUCUUCUUACCUUCUCUUCAAUUUUACCACAACCACAUUUUUAGAAGAUUUACAACCAUGUGCGAUGCAAGUACUCCGGCGAUGAAAAAAAGGGGGUUGCUAGCAUUUUAGUAUGAAGUGGGUUUUGGGGGGAGUGGACGUGUUCAUCAGAAGACAUUUCGUUUCCUCUUUUUGAAUAGAAGUUGUAUUCUACGCAGGAAACUGGAUUUACCGUUAAUUUAACGGUUACAAUAAUUGAAUACAUGUUAAAUCUUUCAUGAACACGUAAAUAAAUAAAAUAAUCAAUAAGUAUGGAAGGACAAGUGAUUGUGGCUACUCUGUUAAUUAUCGUAUGUUGCAGAUGAAUAGGUAACCCGAGGGAUUGGUCUGUGCUGCAACAUUAAGUCAUUAUGGUUUUGCCGCUUGACUGCCUUACUUAUUUGUAAAUGGCUCUAACAGACGAAAUUACUUAUUUUCAAACAGUUGCAGCCGUCGAAAUUACCGAAAUUAGCUGAUAAGAAGACGGAAUGUCUGCCAUGUAAUGCUCAGCAAACACUGCAACUCCCGUGUCACUGGUGUUAAUUAAGGAAUUAAAUUGUCGAGUGGUUUGCACAAAACGCUCCCUGGAUAUGCAAAAGCUGUACAAUUGUUACAACUUGAUGUCUUUGUUAAUGUAGUAGAUUUUUGUAUGUAUUGCCUUCCCCAUCCCGUCCCUGAGACACGAGUAGGCCUUUUUUUGCGCAUCAGGUGUACCCGACUGAUGAUUUUGGUGUCGUGUGCUUCCAUGUCUUUUAGCGAGGGGUCAAGGAGAAUGUCUUGACCUUUGACCCUAGUAGAAGUGUGAGACGCAUGCGCUCUCUGUGCAGAAAGACGAACGGGUUUCCUUUUUUUGGCCUACCCCCUAUCUUCACUAUCUUCCAGCGGUCAGUCGAACAUAGUCUGUAAAUAGUCGUACUUAAUUUGAAUGAAAACACAAUGUUGUCCAUUUUGCUUAAGUGUCAUGAAACGAACCGCACGACAAACUUUACAAUACACACUACUCUGUACAAUAUACAAUUCAAUGUACAAUAUAUAAUACAAUGUACAAUAAACACUAGACUGUACAAUAUACACUACACUGUACAAUAUACACUACACUGUACAAUACUUUACACGCCAUACUUCAACAUAUAUGAAGAACAGUGACUCAGUAUACAGCUGAACUCUUCAGACAAAAAGGAAAAAAAAAUUCCACUCCCAAUCAUAUGCAAAAGCUCUCAAACUCUUAACACAUGUAUAAUAUGCUAACAUGUACUUGUUUAUUUUUUUUUCAUCCCUCACACCCGAGACACACAGCCUUUCUGCAAACCGGGUGUAAGCAAAGGAUGUUACAAACAUUGCCCCCUGUAAUGUAUGCAUAAUACGAUAAUAUUACUUCAUACAACACGAAUAUUGCAGUGUACUAGAUAGAGUACUAGACAAUAUUUUCACGAUUGUGUACUUGACGUGGACUGAGACAACAGUCUAAAGAUGUUUAUGUUUACAGUUGGACGUGCUUGUUGUCAGAAGCACCGCGCGUGACGUGUGUACUUGGCAGUGGAUCAUGCUAGCUCGACAUGCCAGGGUAGAAAAAAGAUGAGCGGGUACUUUGAAACUCAAAACAAAGCUUGUAAAUAAUACUGCCUGUGAUGAGUUGUUCUGCCUGUGUAUUUGUUGAAACUCGCAGGUCUUUGUUGAGAAAGCAAAGUAAUAUGAGUGUCGAUGGCUGCUGUCAUGAUAGGAAACAUUGUUUGUUGUCGUCGCUUGCGGGCUUCAUCAGCAACCUCUGAAUACUAGCUGAGCCAAGAGUUGUAGAUGCAGGUCAUCAGUUAUAUAUAAUAUAUAUAUACAUAUUCGUGCACCAACUAGUAGAAGAUGGCUACAUUCUCAAGUGUCGAGCAAUCCUUUUUAUUGCCAUCAUCGUCAAAAAUGUUCUCAUUUGCAAGUGGAAACGUGGCAAAGAUUUUAAUGCAAAAUGCUGUUGAGUGGUGGGUCCUGGGUAUUUUUUUAUUACAAGCUGAGAAAAUAAAGUGUUUCCACAUCUA